AUGGGCGUAAAGGAACGAGGCCCGAUGAUGCACCAGGCAACACCACGGAAGAAGAAAGAAUGGAGUGUGCCUGACCUGCCUCAUAAAAUCGAACCGCCUAGCAACGGCUCCAUCUUGUUGGGAGCCCCUCCAGGAGUCGAGGAGGAUGGUCCCUGUCCAUCUCCCCGUGGCAGUAAUGUGAAAAAAAAGUCCCGGGCAGAAAGGAGGUCGUCAGCGGCGCGUCUGGAAUGUGUGGUCUGCUAG